AAUGCAACGAAGGGACGUUUGGUGCAGAUUGCCAGCAGACUUGUCACUGUGUAUCAGGAGGAACGUGCAGUAAAGAUACAGGAGAAUGUAGCAUGGGUUGUGAGGCAUCAUAUUUUGGUACGAACUGUCAGUGCUCAAUUCAGAAUGGCGUGCUUGGGCUUGAAGUGACGUCAGGCGACCCCCAUCAAUUGUUCGUUACUUGGCAACCAGAUCCAUGCGUUUCUGGCUACGAAUUGACAACUCGGGACGAGUGUGAAGACAUUGUAUAUCAGGAAAUGACACUGGAAAAUGCUUACCAUUUCAUCACUGGUCUAGAGUCACCAUUAAGCCAUAGAGUUUACAUGCGACCAGUCUACCCGGGUAAUGAACGUGGACCUGAGGUGACAUUUCCACAAAUAACGAAGCCAACUAUGGCCCCAGUUGACGUGAAUUUCACCUCAGCAACACCAUACAGUCUGAGUGUCUCCUGGAGUAAGCCACCUUGUGGAAGCCGAGGUGGCAUCAUCACAGGCUACACGUACAAACUGACUGAAGUAAGCCCGGAAUCCCAAGCAGUCAUUCAGUCAGUGACAUCGGACGAAUCGGUGACCAUCGAAGGUUUAACGCCGCUGACUGAGUACAGUUUUCAGGUUGCUGCCAAUACCACUGUAGGGGCUGGACCAUAUAGUCAGGCUUCAAACAAGACCACCUCAAAAGCGCCAGCAGUGGAUGACACACCAGUUCCUGACUCGUCAUCAGCUGUCGCUGGGGCAGUAGUAGCUACCAUUGUGAUCCUGAUCUUGUUAGUAAUAGUCCCCAUUGUACUCUAUAAAAGACGGACUCGUCAAACAAAGCAGCCACUUGAUAUCGAUGGAGACGUUCCACUGAAAGGAAGAGAUGCACAUUUCCUACCAGAUCAGAAACCGGAGAAUCCACCAAGCGCUUACGCUACUGUUAAUCCUGUGGAGAUAUAUCCUGAGCCACCACCCACUCCAAAGCCCAAGCCUGACCUUAAACCCCGCUGGGUCUCAACCAACUCACCAAAAGAGACCCUGGAGCAGCCUGUGGUGGACGAAGAUGAGGAAGAAUUGCCCUACGCUGAAUUGCCCUCGGUACGAGAAGAGAACCUGGCAGAGUACAUCCGAAGCAAAGACAAGGCAGGCAAGAAAGGAUUCCCCACGGACUUCCAAAAACGUUAUUAUUGA